UUUUUCCCGUGGAAGUUCUCCCGUUUACCGUUUGGCAAAAGUUUGACGGGCAGCACUUUAGUUAUACCCGUACACGCGCAUCCUCAUCGUCCUCUUCUUCGUGUCGGUGAAUGCAACUAAGAUAUUUAUAUCAAAAUGUUUACCGCGCGGAGCUUUUCCCCGUUAAAGAACUCGGCAUUAACGUUAACGCAAAAAACACUUCAGAUUCAUGGAGAUCUUGGCACUGCCAGAUUGCUACCAGCAGUUUCUACGAUGCAUCUACUAAAACCUAAGAGUAUCUAUACAACUGUACAUUGCAAAUCUACAGUUGAAGUUAUACAACCAUUAGGACGUAUAGAAAGAAUGCUAAAAAAGAUUGGUCUCUUAGACAUCCAGAAAUAUAGAUAUAUGGCAAUUGGUAAUCAAGUGUAUGAAAAUGUAGUAGCUCAAAUAGAUUAUCCCUUUUUCUACAAAUAUUUCAACAUGGCAGAUACAUUUUUCUCAUGGUUCCUGGUGACAGAACUUCAUGUAUGGAUGAUAAUAAUUCGUUACAUGGCUGAAGGUGAUGCUGGCAAAUUAGUUAGAAAUAGUGUAGUUUCUACACUAUGGCAAGAUACGAAUGCCAGAGCAGAAAAUCUUGGUAAAAUCACUGAAAGAGUUAGGAAUAAGCAAAUAAAAGAAAUAUCGGAACAAUUCAAUGCUGCUUUAAUAGGUUACGACGAAGGUAUACAAUCUGAUGAUAAAGUGUUAGCAGGAGCAUUAUGGAGGAGAUUCUUUCAUUUAGAAUGCAAUAAUCCAGAACACAUUGAAACCCUUAUCAUUUAUGUUAGAAAACAGAUCUGUUUAUUUGAUAAUUUACCAUCUCAUGAAAUUUUAAAGAAACCUGUUCUUAAGUUAAUAGACAUAAAAGAUAUAUGUAAGCAUCAAUAUUAAUUCUUUUUACAGUGUUAAUAUAUAUAUAUUUAAUAGAUGAGAAU